AUGGAAGCGGAUACACGGCUCCGUCCGCCUGCCCGUAAAGUCCACGGCGACGGGGAACCAUACAAGGUUUGGGCAAACCACUUCGUGAUCCAGUCCUUGCCAAGGUUGCAACUUUAUAUGUAUGAUAUUCGCGUGACUGCUGCGGGAAAGAAAGAAGGUUCCAGUGAAGAGGUCAAGCAGUGUCCUCCGGCCAUGAUCGGUCGUAUUUUGCAGACUCCACAGGCCAAAGAAAUCCUCGGUGAUGGUUUUGUAUUUGAUGGCGUUUCUAUUGGAUGGGCUACUAAAAAACUCCCGAUCGAGGGUGAUACUGCUACGUUUGGCUUGGAGAUUCCAGGUGCUCGUCCCGGAAGGGCCUUUGGGUGCACCAUUGGAGUUCAGUAUGAUGGCCCAUUCACUUGCGACGCCUUGACCAACUGGGUUUUAAGGGAGCAACAGAAGGGAAUUACUAUCGAAGCCCUCGCAAACUAUGAGCAGGACCAGGAAGUACUUCUCUGUCUUAAGUUUAUCAACUCGCUUUUGCGUAAAGACUGUACCGAGAGGUUCGUCAGCGGCCAAGGCAAUAAGUCGACUACAUUCUUCGAUAAAUCCCGUGAUGGCAAUACAUCCUUGACCCUCAGCUCCACUCAAGGUGUGAUCGAGGCCUGGCGUGGAUUUUACCAAACCGCCUCUGCCCGCUUCGGGCAGAUUACAGUGAACGUCGACACUGCUACUGCCACUUUCAUCAAGCCUGGGAUAAAUUUUAUUGAUGCAAUCUCUAGGUUUUCCGGAGUUCAACCGGAGGACCUCGAGCGCGGAUUUGACGGUAAUCGCGAAAGAAUCAUGGAGGCUGCGAAGAAGUUUAGCGGCGUCGGAUUCAAGGUCAAACAUAUCAAGGGUCCAAAGGGCGAGAUUUCUAGGCGUGGGUUCAGACUUACGCGUUUGAGUGCUGAAGAAGAUACAUUCCAGAUUAGAAACUGGAACACAGAUGACGAGGGGAAUAAGACUUUCACCCUUGAGGAAAUCAGUAUCGCUGAGUACUAUUCCCGCCAAUACAAUAUUAAAUUGAGAUAUCCGAAACUUCCCACAGUCGAAACCAGAAAGGGAGACAAGUAUCCCCUUGAGUUGUGCUUUGUUGACGAUGCGGAACGCUGGAAAGAGCUCCUCCAGGGAGGUGAGACUGCGGAGUUUAUAAAGUUUGCGGCGGCUCCGGCAUUUGCCCGCCGGAGCCAGAUCGAGGAGAGCUUGAAAAAGAUAGGCUGGCACAACAUGAAGCCACUUGAGGAAUUUGGUGUUUCUAUUAAGCCACAAUUCAUUGAAUUGGAAGCCAAAAUCCUACCUUCCCCGGUUGUGGUCUUUGGCCAAGGAACUGAGAACUCUGGUCCGAGGAAUGGCCGCUGGAAUCUCAGGGGAAAGAGAUUUUAUAAACCUGGGACGAUCAAUGGUUAUGGUUUGCUAUACAUUCCUGGUGGACAUGGAAUGCGUGUCGAUGAGAGAGGCAUUGACACCUUUACUAAGACAUGUGGCCAACAAUUUUCCCAUUACGGAGUCUCGACAAACCCCAGAUGCUCCCCCCAAUGGGCCAUGGCCAAUCCACAAGGGGACUUUGAGCGUCAAAUCCAUGAGCUAAUAUCCAAGCUUCAGACCAGAAAUGGUCUCAGACCGAAUCUCCUAAUUUUCAUCCUUCCAAGUGUCGCAGUUGAACCAUACUGCACUAUCAAGAAAAUUUGCGACACAACCUUCGGAAUUGCCUCGCAGUGCAUGGUUUUGGAGAAAUGUUUCAACCCAAAGGGCCAGCUUCAGUACUUGGCGAAUAUUGCCCUCAAGGUCAAUGUUAAACUUGGUGGAUCUAAUAUGGUUAUUGACGACCCCUUUCUCAUGAAACAGCCGACGAUGAUUAUGGGUUGCGAUGCCUCACAUCCGAAUCCCGCGCAACGCAGAAUGGAUCCCCCGCCACCAACUUUUACUGCGAUCUCCGCCAGUUAUGACCGCCGUUGUGCAAAGUACUCAGCAGUUACGAGUUGUCAACCCGCUGGGCAGGAGAUGAUUCAGGACUUUGGUGCCAUGACUCAAGAAUUGUUGAAACGCUUCCAGGAACAGGCUAAGCGUGACCCUUCUGCUAUAAUUUACUUCCGCGAUGGGCUUUCCGAGAGUGAGCUUGAUAAGGUUGUUCGUAGUGAGCUUGCGGAGCUUAAGAAGGUUACUAAAGCCAAGAUCUCGGUAAUUGUCUGUGUGAAGCGCCAUCAUACUCGUUUCUUUCCGCUUGAUAAGGGUGAUAAGAACGGGAAUAUUGCCGUUGGUACUGUGGUUGAAAACGGACACGGCAAAGAUAUCUUCAUGGUUUCACAUGCUGGCCUUCAGGGAACCGUUCGCCCUACCCACUACAUGAUGUUGCACGAUGAGAACAAUCUCACCGCUGUGGACUUUCAACGCAUUUGUAACAACGUCUGCUAUGCAUAUGGACGUGCUACUGUUUCUGUUAGCAUUGCUCCGCCGGUUUACUAUGCGAACCUAGCAUGUGACCGGGCUCGCUCGCAUGUCGUGCAUACUAACCAGGGACAGAGUGAGCUUUUGCAAGUCCAUGACCUUCUCAAGUACUCUAUGUGGUGGCAAUGAUUGGUGGAUACCUUCCCGCCUUCCCUGGUGUUUGAGUCUUCAAUUCACCUUCGAUCAAAGGGCUGCCUGCAUCGUUUUUUCUUUUCAUAAUUAAAUUUCCUACUACUUGUCUCUCAUCUUGCCUGUGCUCCGGAGCGUCUCUGGUGGUUGUGGGCUGAGCGUCAUUCCCAUCAAGUAUGUAGAAUCUCUUAAUAAAACUGUUAUAAAACCUG